GUUCUGUUUCUGGGGAAGUGAAACUCAGACAGUUGUCGUUACCGAGAAGUGAAAUGGCGCAGCAAAGAAAUCCGCUGGAGCGAGAGCAAUUGUGCUGUUCGAUCUGUUUGGAUCUUCUGAAGGAUCCGGGGAGUCUUCACUGUGGACACAGCUACUGUAUGAACUGCAUCAAAAACCACUGGGACAAAGAGGAUGAGAAGAGGAUCUACAGCUGCCCUCAGUGUAGAAAGACCUUCACACCGAGGCCUGAACUGAUGAAAAACACCAUAUUAGCAGAUUUAGUGGAGGAACUGAAGAAGACUGGACUCCACGCUGCUCCUGCUCAUCACUGCUAUGCUGGAGCUGAAGAUGUGGCCUGUGACGUCUGCACUGGCAGGAAAUGUAAAGCUCUCAAGUCCUGUUUGGUUUGUUUGGUCUCUUACUGUGAGGAACAUCUCCAGCCUCAUUAUCUAUCACCUGCAUUUAAGAUGCACAAGCUGGUGGAGCCCUCCAAGAACCUCCAGGAGAACAUCUGCCCUCGUCACAAUGAGGUGAUGAAGAUGUUCUGCCGCACUGAUCAGCAGUGUAUCUGUUAUCUCUGCUCUGUGGACGAGCAUAAAGACCAUGACACGGUCACAGCUGCAGCAGAGAGCACGCAGAAGCAGAGAGAGCUGGAUCUGAGUCGAGAAGAAGUCCAGCAGAGACUCCAGGACAUAGACAAAGACAUGAAGGUGCUUCAACAGGAGGUGGAGGCUCUCACUCUCUCUGCUGAUAAAGCCGUGAAGGACACUAACAAGACCUUCACUGAGAUGAUGCGUCUCCUGCAGAAAAGAAACUCUGACGUGGAGCAGCAGAUCAGAUCCAAGCUGGAAACUGAAGUGAGUCGAGUCAAAGAUCUUCAGGAGAAGCUUCAGCAGGAGAUCACUGAGCUGAAGAAGAGAGAAGCUAAACUGAAGCAGCUCUCACUCACACAUGACCACAACCAGUUUCUCCUCAACUACUGCUCACUGUCAGCACUCAGUCCAUCGACACACUCGUCCACCAUCAACGUCCGUCCUCUGGGACACUUUGAGAACGUGACAGCGGCUGUGGCAAAGGUCAGAGGUCAACUGCAGAACUUCCUGACCGAGACAUGGACAAACAUCUCACUGGCUGUGGCUGAAGUAGAUGUUUUACUGACAGAACCAGAGCCAAAGACCAGAGCUGAAUUCCUCAGAUAUUCACAGGAAAUCACACUGGAUCCAAACACAGUAAACACACGGCUGUUAUUAUCUGAGGGGAACAGAAAAGUAAGCUUCACGAAACAUCCGUUUCAUCACACAGACAGAUUCACUGGUAUUUAUCCUCAGGUCCUGAGUAAAGAGUGUCUGACUGGACGUUGUUACUGGGAGGUGGAGUGGAGAGGAAAAGAAGUUUGUGUAGCAGUGACGUACACGGACAUCAGCAGAUCAGCACAUGAAUGUAAAUUUGGAUACAAUGACAAAUCUUGGAGUUUAUAUUAUUGGAGAAACAAUUGUGAGUUUGUUCACAACAGUAUCCAGACUUACGUCUCAGGUGAUUUGUCCUCCAGAGUAGGAGUUUACCUGGACCACAGAGCAGGUCUUCUGUCCUUCUACAGCAUCUCUGACACCAUGACUCUGCUCCACAGAGUCCAGACCACGUUCACUCAGCCUCUCUAUGCUGGAGUCCAGUUUUAUCCUCAUUUUGGAAGCACAGCUGAGUUCUGUAAACUCAAAUAGACUUGAGUUAUCGAAGGAGCAGUUGGUUUAAAGAGUCUUUUUAAAGUGUAGGCUUAUAUUGACAGUUUUUGUGUAGAAGUCUUACAAAGAAUGUACAUACUGCAAAAAAAGGAAGAGCAAUGAGGAUAAUAAAUAAGGCUGGAUAUAUAUAAUUCUGAUGAUCAAGGAUUGGGUUUGAAGCUUCCUAAUAACCUUCAAGAGAUGUUCCAGGACAGGGACGGAAGGUAAAACCUGAGAGUGAGGGAAAAUGUAAACUAUCCUUGUGUACGAAUCACUCUUUUUGAUAUAAUGUGUAUUUCAGUCUGUUUCAGUUUAUAUGCAAACAUAAGUCCUUGUUUUUAGUACAGAAAUGGUGAGGGUCAAGCACAUUGUUGAGUGUUUGUAUAUGUAUAUACUCUUUAUGGAAUUCGAAAAUGUUGAUGCUUUCUGUCUUUGCUUUUUUCAGUUUUAUUGUACUUGUUUUCAUGAC